UCACGUCAAAUACGUCAAAUUUUGUUGGAAACAUGUCGGCAUCUGAGAAAACGACCAAGGAGUUGUCUGAGAGUGAUGCAUUGGAAACUGAUCCUGAAGUGAGACUCUCAAGCCAGUUGGAUGAAGGUGAUGCAAGUACCGACACAGGAGUGGUUACUAAGGAGACCUUGCCCAUGGGUGGGAUGCUGUCACAGUCGCAACUCCAUGAGAUUCAGAGAGACGGUUCGAAAAACGGGGAGGAGAGCGAACAACCAUCAACAACAUCCUCUUCUGUGUCAGGCAGAACCCUCACAGGACAUGCACCGAAGACCCUUCUAUCCACAUCCUCCUCUUCACUCUCCUCCUCCACCUCUACUUCCUCUCCUUCUGGCAGAGCAAAGAUGAGUGUUUUUGGUCCUGGAAGUAAAGCUCUCCUGCCACCUCCCUCAUCCUCCUCUCCCCCUCCUGUCCCUGGCCAGACAGUAAAGAUACACCGUGCUCGCAAGACCAUGAACAGACCUCCCCCAACACAGAUGAGGUGCAUUGAGUCGGCAAUCGUGCUAGUCAACCCCACAGACCCCACGACCAGCUUCGCGACAGACAGUGAUACUGCAGCAGCAAAAAGGAGAAGGUUGGUCCAAGGUUUUGACGGUACACCUGAGAAGGCAGAGAGCGCUAUAGGCACAGAGCAGAAGGCAGAUCGUGUACUCCGUGAGGCGGCGAGACGGCGUGACAGUUGGCUGGAGGAUGCGGAAGAGGACGAGUUUCUUCUCUAUAACCCCUAUGCAAGAGACGACACGGACGCAGCCUAUUCCGACAGCAAGUCUGAAGAUGGUGGACUAGAGGAAAGGCUACAUGAAAGAGAUGCAGAGGAGUCUGGUAACAUGUCUGAUCAUAGCUCAGAGUUGGACCCACAGAGGCAGGGCCAGAGGAAUGAAGGGAGCAGCGAUUCACCAUGGACUCGCCCAGGGCGGGGCAAAGGGAGAGAGAGAGCCGAAGGAGUAGAGGCAGGAAGAGCAGUGUCGGCAGCAGCUACUCUAGGUGGGUCCCGCGAGUACACAGAGGUUGCCUUGGGCUCCCUGGACAUCGUGGCAACAGACAACCUAACACUCUCACCACAAAACGAAGGCAGUGAUGCUGGGGAGACAGAGCGUCUGGAGGAGCUGCCUCUGUGUAGCUGCAGGAUGGAGGCACCACGUGUAGACAGCGCCAGCAGACGGCCCAACAGACUCUGCAUGGCCACAGAGAGUGUCAACGGAGAGCUGGUGGGCUGUACCAAUAUCAUUCAGAAGGGGGAGACCAUGCGGCCGUCCAGUCGGGUUUCCCUCAUUGUGCUGUGCGAGAGCCAUCGGUUACAUAUGGUCAAACAUCACUGCUGCCCUGGAUGUGGAUACUUCUGUGUCGCAGGCACCUUCCUAGAGUGCUGUCCGGACCAGCGCAUCGCCCACCGCUUCCACCGGGGCUGUGUGACAGUGCUGGGGGCUGGGAGGGGCAGGGGCAUGGGCACUGGCAUGCUCUUCUGCCCCCACUGUGGCGAGGAUGCCUCGGAGGCCCAAGAGGUCACCAUCCCCCCCUCAGCAUCCGCGGCCACAGUAGUCACCACAAACGCCUCGUCCACCACCACACUGUCCCUCCCACCCCCCAUCCCCUCGGCCCUCUCCCUGGCGGCCUCCAUGGGGCCGCUGAAGAAUGGGAAGAGGCCGGUGGGUCCUAUCAGUGCGAGGAUGCGUGGGGUGGUAAAGAGGGACCCGGAUCAGCAGGCCCCCCUAGCCACUCUGGCAGCAGGGCCUGUCAACACAGCCCCCCCAGGUGAGGGGGCAGUGGACAGUGUGGGACCCUCCCUCUGUCUGCCCAAUGGGAAGCCAGUCUGUCCCAGUGCACUUCCCCCAGGGCCCAGUAGGGCGGCGCUGCAGAAGGCCAUUCUCAUCCAGGACACUGAGAGGAGGAAGAAGCUGAGGUUCCACCCCCGCCAGCUCUAUCCAGCUGCCAAGCAGGGCGAGGUGCAGAGAGUUCUGCUCAUGCUCAUGGAGGGCAUAGACCCAGCCUACCAGGCUGACUCCCAGAACAGACGCUGUGCUCUCCACGUUGCCGCCCAGAGAGGCCUGCUGGAGGUCUGCUACAUGCUGGUGCAGGCAGGUGCUAAACUGGACGUCCAAGACCAAUCUAUGAGGACCCCUCUCCUGGAGGCCAUCGUCAACAACCAUGUGGAGGUGACCAGGUACCUGGUCCAGAGUGGAGCCUGCGUCUAUCACACUGAAGAAGAUGGCUACACCGGUCUCCACCACGCGGCUAAACUGGGCAGUCUGGACAUUGUCACCCUUUUGUUGGAGACUGGACAGGUGGACAUCAACGCACAGGAUAGUGGAGGCUGGACUCCUAUCAUUUGGGCUGCAGAGCACAAGCACAUUAAGGUCAUCAGAGCACUGCUUAACAGGGGGGCUGAUGUCACCCUGAAGGACAAGGAGAUGAAUGCGUGUCUCCACUGGGCGUCAUUCGCAGGCUGUGUUGGGAUAGCAGAGAUGGUGCUGAACGCCGGCUGCCCGCUGUCCUCUGUCAACAUGCACGGGGACACUCCCCUACACAUCGCUUCCAGGGAGGGUUUCCUCGAGUGUGUAACGCUCUUCCUCUCUAGGGGGGCAGACAUCGAUAUCAUGAACAGGGAAGGGGACACGCCUCUUUCUCUGGCGCGUUCCGAUUCGCCCGUCUGGGUGUCACUCCAGAUAAACAGGAAGCUGCGGAGGGGGAUAGCCAAUCGUAUGGUUCAUACAGAGAAGAUCAUCAGCAGUGACGUAGCCCAGGGGUAUGAGAAUGUGCCUAUCCCAUGUGUGAACGCAGUGGAUGAUGAGGGAUGUCCCUCAGACUACAAGUACGUCUCAGAGAACUGUGAGACUUCAGCCAUGAACAUCGACCGCAACAUCACGCACUUACAGCACUGCAGCUGCACAGACGACUGCUCCUCCAGCAACUGUCUGUGUGGACAGCUCAGUAUCCGCUGCUGGUACGACAAGGACCACCGGUUGCUCCAGGAGUUCAAUAAAAUCGAACCGCCUCUCAUAUUUGAAUGUAACCUGGGGUGCUCCUGCUUCCGCACCUGCAAGAACAGAGUGGUGCAGGCGGGCAUCAAGGUGCGUCUCCAGUUGUACCGGACAGAGAAGAUGGGAUGGGGAGUUCGGGCUCUACAGGACAUUCCCCAAGGCAGCUUCAUCUGCGAAUAUGUAGGAGAACUGAUCUCUGACGCAGAGGCAGAUGUAAGAGAAGAUGACUCCUACCUCUUUGACCUGGACAACAAGGACGGGGAGGUGUACUGCAUUGAUGCCCGGUAUUACGGUAACAUCAGCCGCUUCAUCAACCACCUGUGCGACCCCAACAUCAUCCCUGUGCGGGUGUUCAUGCUGCACCAGGACCUGCGCUUCCCCCGCAUCGCCUUCUUCAGCUCCCGAGACAUCCUCACAGGACAGGAGCUAGGGUUUGAUUAUGGAGACCGCUUCUGGGACAUCAAGAGUAAAUACUUCACCUGCCAGUGUGGAUCAGAGAAAUGCAAACACUCAGCGGAGGCCAUUGCCUUGGAGCAGAGCAGGCUCGCUCGACUGGAGACCUGCCCAGAAUCGGAGACUGACCCUGGGCUUGCCAUGCUAGGAAACUUCUAGGCUUUCCCUGGGGCCUGUUGCAUGUAUUUCUCCGUUUUUGCACUCACUCUUACAUUUUGUAUGAAUUUGUACAGUUAUUGUUUGUGUGGUAAACAAGCCUUAACUUUUUCCAUGUAUCGGAUAUAAAUGACUGAAAAAAGGGUGUCUUCUGUGUAAGACCCUUUCAUACAGUACAGUA